AUUGGUCGAAUUUAAAAAUGAGACCGCGACAGUUUAGGAUGACAACAGAAGACGGAAUUUCGUUGCGAAACAUUUUUGUGGAAAAAAAAGUCUGUCACGAUGAUGGAAUCAGGUUAUCACAGCACAUUGGAAAGCGCGGAGAGGGAAAUUAACGUCGACGACCUGAGGAAAGACCUUAUAUCAGAGUUUCACUCACAGGAGUCAUGCCUAGAAGAGAAUGAGCACUUGCAAGUGUACCUCCGCAUUCGACCGUUCACAUCAAUUGAAAGUGAAAAUGGCGAAUCACAGGACUGCGUUUCCAUUGAGCCCCCAGACAAGGUCCUCCUCAAGGCUCCAAGGACUUCCCUCUCAGCAGGGCUUAGUGACAAAUCAGUCCCUCAGACAGCUCAACGGUUCCAGUUCUCACAGGUCUUGGGGCCAGAAACCUCUCAGAGAGAGAUGUUUGAUGGCACAGUGAGAAGUCUGGUCAAGGAUGUUUUGGAAGGUGGAAAUUCUCUGGUUUUCACAUAUGGAGUCACAAAUGCGGGAAAGACAUUCACAUUUCUAGGUCCGGAGGCCAAUGCAGGGAUCCUCCCCAGGUCUUUGAAUGUCAUCUUUAACAGCAUUGAGGGGCAUGUUUACAACCAGAUGACUAUCAAGCCACAGCGAUGCAGAGAGUUCAUCAGGCUCACUAAAGAUCAGCAGAGUGAAGAGGCCACUAGCAAGAGAAAUCUCUUCAGGCUCCUCAAGGAGAGUGAUAACCCGAAAAGCUCCACCAGUCAGACAACCUCCACCAGCCAGACAAGCUCCACCAGCCAGACAAGCUCCACCAGCCAGACAACCCUACAAGGGUCCACACUAAGUGACAUUGAGAGGACUGUGACUGAAGACGCUUUCAGUCUGGUUGUUGACGCACACACCAAGUUCUCAGUCUGGGUGUCCUUCUGUGAAAUCUACAACGAGAAUAUUCACGACUUGCUGGAGCCCAUACCGAUCGGAGCCCUGAAGAGAUCCACGCUGCGGCUGUCGCAGGAUGUCAAAGGCAACUCCUUUGUAAAAGAUCUGACGUGGGUACAAGUGAACAACGCUGAGGAAGCCUACAAGGUGAUGAAGCUAGGAAAGAAGAACCAGAGCUUCGCCAGCACAAAGCUCAACCUCCUCUCGAGCAGGAGCCACAGCAUCUUUUCUGUUCGUAUCCUGCGGAUUGAAGAUGCUAGGAUUCCUCGUGUUCACUCGGUCAGCGAGCUGUCCCUGUGUGACCUGGCUGGGUCAGAGCGGUGUGCUAAAACUCAGAAUAAAGGGGAGCGUUUGAAAGAAGCCGGGAACAUCAACACUUCGCUGAUGACGCUGGGCAAGUGCAUCAACGCCUUACGUCAAAGCCAGCAAUCCAAGCUACCACAGCACAUCCCUUUCAGGGAGAGCAAGCUCACCCACUACCUGCAGGGCUUCUUCUGUGGGCGGGGCAAAGCCUGCAUGGUAGUCAACGUCAACCAGUGUGCCUCCAUGUACGACGAGACACUCAACGUGCUCAAGUUCUCCGCCGUGGCUCAGAAGGUGGUGGUGCUGACAUCCAAGACCGCCUCCCAUCUCGCCACCAAGACGUCGGCCCGGGAACUGUCCGUGAUCGUCGACCACGCAGACAGGAAGAACCUAUUGGGUAAGCGGAGAAGGAGCUCUCUGGUUGGCUGGGAGACCAGUCUGGAGGAUGUGCAGGAGGAUGUUGAUGACGUGGAAGGGGAGAGCACGGCAGAGGACAGCGUGAUUGAGGAGACCAUGCAGGAAGUGGACGAUGACAAGAUUCUCAUCGAUAAAGAUGCUUAUGAGAGUCAACUCCUCCAGUUGAAGGAGCUCCGGGAACAACUCCAGGAAGAGAGAUCUGAAAACCUGGCUUUGGAAUCCCGGAUCCGGGACGAAGUCACAAAGGAAUUUUCUGAGCUUUUCUCUGAAAUGCAGACCGACUACGAGGAACGUCUGGCCAAAGAGAAGGAGAUUGUCGAGGAGAGAGCAGAGAGGCGUCUAGAGAUCCUGAAGAAUCUAGUGAACAAGAACGCCAGUCAUGAGGAGCUUUACAGAGCAGAGCGAGCCACGAGGGUCAGCUCGUCGUUGGGAGGCAUGUUUGACUCCAUGUGCAGUGACCUGGCAGGCAUAAAGAUGGCGGCUGAGACGGCCAAGACGUGUCUGGUGGUCGCCCAUCCCAGUAGUGACACCGUCUCCAACCUCUCAGAGCAGCUCCCUGUCAAAACCAAUGAACUGGAAAAUUAUUGCAGACAAGCAUCGCAAUCAAACGAACAGCUUGACGAGGCUAGAAAGACUCUGGAGUCUCAGGAGCUGAAGAUCUCCGACCUGGUGAAGAUGUGUCAUGAGAAGGAUGAGAUGAUCUCCUCGCUUCAGAACACCGUGGACCAGCAGGUCAAAGACACUAUCAAGGAUAAGACUACAUUCGACGGCAUCAAAGACGAGCUCCUGCGUCUGAAGAGCAGCUGCACUUGCUCCGGAGGGGAGAAGCGCAGCUCUCGCGCAGAGAGCCGCAAACGGCUGGUGGACCUCCAGCCGGACUUGGAGGAACAGCCCCCCAGCAAGAAAGGAUUCCAUGGGGAGGGUAGUGGAGAGGAAGAGGAGAAGGAGAAGAAGAUGGACAGAUUGCGCUGGGAGCAGGUGGUGAAAUCCUCAGAAGUGGCGGGACAAGUAGAGACUCUGCAGCUUGACCAGGUAGCACACGGCGAGGGUGACUGGAAAGUGCAGGAGAAGAAUAUCUCCUGUAUGGAGGCACAUGAGCUGAACGCUGAGGCGCAGACGCGUGCUCGCGAGGAGGCCCUGUCCGUGGAGCAGGCGGCGAGGAGGGAGAAUGCCAGGCUGCUCCAGGAACGGGAAGACUUGCAGCGGGAGAUGGGCGUACUCCGAGGGGAAUCCCAGGAUCUAACUGGGAAGCUGCAGGCCGUGGAGAGGGAGGUCAGUCUGCAGACAGCUAGAGCAGAAAAAGCUGCAGAGGACCGACAGGUCACGCAUGACCACGAGGUCAGAGAGAAAACUGCCCUGAUUGACUCCCUGAUACAGGAAGUGACACGCCUAGGGCAGGAAGUCGUGGCCUAUCAAGCUGCGUCGGAAGUACAAAGGGACAGCCGGCUUCUCAGAGACAAGAUGGCGGAACUGAAGAGGGAAUGCUCAGAGGCCCUAGCGGAGAGGCUCCUGCUGAAAGAGAAACUGGCCCAACAGCAGAUCAUAGAACAGGAGUUAAAAGAGAAACUGGCCCAACAGCAGAUCAUAGAACAGGAGUUGGGGGAGCUGAAAGAGAAACUGGCCCGACAGCAGAUCAUAGAACAGGAGUUGGGGGAGCUGAAAGAGAAACUGGCCCAACAGCAGAUCAUAGAACAGGAGUUGGGGGAGCUGAAAGAGAAACUGGCCCAACAGCAGAUCAUAGAACAGGAGUUGGGGGAGCUGAAAGAGAAACUGGCCCAACAGCAGAUCAUAGAACAGGAGUUGGGGGAGCUGAAAGAGAAACUGGCCCAACAGCAGAUCAUAGAACAGGAGUUGGGGGAGCUGAAAGAGAAACUGGCCCAACAGCAGAUCAUAGAACAGGAGUUGGGGGAGCUGAAAGAGAAACUGGCCCAACAGCAGAUCAUAGAACAGGAGUUGGAGGAGCUGAAAGAGAAACUGGCCAAACAGCAGAUCAUAGAACAGGAGUUGGAGGAGCUGAAAGAGAAACUGGCCCAACAGGAACUGACCUUGGAGCAGCUCAAGGUGGAAAUGGAGGCUAAAGAAGAGGCCCACGUUGACAGCAAAAACUCUGUAGCUGAGAGAGAGACUGCUGAGGGGCUGAGGAAACUAAACUCUGAUCUGGAAGCUGAGGUCGCGACCUUGAAGGGAAAGAUAGCCUAUCUGGAGGAAGAGGAGCGCACGCGCCAAAUGGAGAGGGAGGUGGCUGUAACCGUGUCCCAAACGGAGAGAGUGGCAGAGUUGGAGAAGAUACUGUUCGAGAAGGAGGCGGAGGUGUCGGGCCUGCAGAGGAGCCUGAGGGAGGCGCAGGAGAGGUGGGAGGAUGAGACGGCUGCGGUGCAGGAGGCUCGUAGGAGGGAGGUGGAGAGGAGGAGGGAGCUGCUGGCCGUGGCUGAGGAGGCCAUCGCUCAGAAGGACGCUGAGCUGAACAAGAGAGCCCAGGACAUCACCAGAUUGAAGGAGACCAUUAAACUUGACUCGGACAAAGUGAAGAGUUUGACCUUGGACCUUGAGAGGAAAGACGAUGACAUUUCUGAUCUCAAGGAGAAGCUGGCCGACUCUAAAAAACAGAUACAGCAAGUUCAAAAGGAGAUCAUCUUGGAGAAAUCUCUCAAACAAAAACUGCAGGACUUGGAGAAAGUGAUGAAACGGCAGCAGGCAGACUUGGCCAACAAAGACCGGACCAUACACCAACUGAGAACUGAACAUUCCGGUGACUCGAAGUCUGAGGAGAACCUAAAGCUCUAUCAGAACACCUGCAAAGACCUUCAGGCUAAGGAGCGUUUGAUUGAGGACAUGCGUCUGGCUCUGAUUGAGCAGGAGGACACCCAGACCCAACAGGAGCAGGUGCUGGAUGCUAAACUGGAAGAGAUUGACGCCCUCACAGACGAGGUGGAGAAAGUGAAAGGACUGUUAAGAUACCAGGACAAUAGAAAAGACACCGCGGCCCUGAGAGACGGCCAAUCGGACGAAGCCAAAUUGGCCAAACAGGAAGCCAUUCAGGCUCAAGUGACCUUGAAGCUGUGUACUGAGAAGCACCAGGCUGACAGGAGGAAGUGGCUUGAGGAGAAGAUGGUUCUGAUCCGGCAGGCCAAGGAGGCCGAGGACAAGAGGAACCAGGAGAUGAGGAAGUUCGCAGACGGCCGUGAGCGACACGCCAAACAGCAAACCCAAGUGGAAGAUCUCGUGGCCCAGCUCAGUGAGAAGGAGCAGGACUUAGUGAAGUGGAGGAAGGAGAGGGACUCCCUGGUGACAGCUCUGGAGGUUCAGCUAACCAAACUCGUCUCCAGCAUCGCAGACAAGGAUGAACAGAUAGCCAGUCUCCGCUGCAACGCCACCUCUCAGCCAGCAGAGAGGCACCGUGGCCAGGUGGAGGUAGAGGAGCUGCAGAGCCUUCUGUCUGAGAGAAACGCUGAGAUCCUCAACCUGAAGGAACAACUGAAAGCUGUAUCCAAAGCCGGCGGCAAUGUCUCAUCCGCGCCUCCCACAAAGCCCAGAGAGACCGCCACUCUGACUAAAGCAGAGGAGUGCCCUCCCAAAGUCAGUGAGAGAACUCUCCAUGACGACAACAGUCAACUAGUACAUGAAGUGAAGACUGAGAAGAGGACCAGUCAGGGGUCUGGGGGCUACCCGUCGGUGCUAGACUCCUCAGAGAUCAUAACGGAGGGGGGCAGGACCAGCCGCUUCCCCAAGCCGGAGCUGGAGAUCUCCUUCAGCCCGCUGCAGCCCAACAGGAUGGCCCUGAAACGCCAGGGAGAGGCCGUGGUCAACGUCAAAAUCACCCGCAAGAGGAAGAGCUCUGAGAUUGACAAGAAGAAACGUUGGCACUGUAAGGCUAAACCGAGAGCGACACGUGAGCUCCCAUCUCAGGAUGAGGUGAACAAUGAGAACCGAAGGAACACCAGAAACAGGAUGACUUCUAAACUGGCCGUACAUCAAGAGGAGACCUCUCCGGCGAGGGGCAGUAAAGACCCGGACUCCAUUAAACCCCAGGACUCCCAGUCCAGCCUUCGGAGCAGGAAAGAAGGAACGAUGCAGAAGAUCGGCGACUUCCUCCAGAGCUCCCCAACGUUUUUCGGUAGCAAGGCUAAAAAGAUAAUGGGAUUGGUGAGCGGGAAAUCCCCAGAGACGGAGAGCGGCGCAUCCAUGAGCUUCAGACCCAAGAAGUCCAAGAGGAAGCUUUACAGACCAGAUAUCUCCUCCCCGACGGACUUCCCCUCCCACCCGAUCAUCAGUGGAAGUCCAGACGAGAGAGAGGGUGACCAUCUCAUCAUCAAGAGGAGACUCCGGACUCGGACGCCUAAAUGAGUCCUCUGUUCCGCAGCGAUGACGUCAUCCAUGCUGCUCUUGUGAAACAGGGAAAUGAAAUAAUCGAUGUUGUCUGGUGUAAUGAAGGACAUGUUGGAGUUUACUUAAUAUCGGUUAGGUAGUUAUCAGUUGUUGUUUUCUUAUAGCCUUCAUUUAUCACUUUAAUUUAUAUUCCAUUUCUAUGUAUAUAAUAUUCCACAUAGUGUGAUUUCUUUCUUUCAUUUGUGUGAUUUAACACUAUCAUUUUUUUGAAACCAAGUAUGGUUAUUCUCAGUCCAGAACAUUUUGGUAACGCGCUCCUCUGAAGAUAUACACGUCAACGAUAUUCAUGGCAAAUAAACACGAGGUGUUUUUUGUUGUUGUUGUGCGUAAUGAAUGUCUUACUAGGGACAACCACUACCGAAUCCUAUUUUGGUGGUAAACGUGAUGAUAAUGCAUGGUGUAACAUAGAUAUUAGGGCCCUGUUCAAUCAGCGUCGUAUCUGGGGGGGUAAGACAGAACAGCAUUUUACAAAAAAUGCUCUUUUGGUUUCACGCCGUAAAACAUUUUAUUUCCUAAAUUUAAUCUAAAUACAAAUAAAUGUUUAUCCCAGAAUCGACCAUUUUUUUUGGGAUUACACCAAACCCUUUGAUUGCUAUUCAUAUGUAGUACUGCAAACAUAUUCCAAGGCGAGUUAAUAAAACACUACUAUUCCUCCAAAAUGA